CACGGAACCUCUUACUCUCACGUUCAAUCGCCCACGCUCAUUCUUGCGCUGUGCCCAUGCCCACACUCAUAUGCUGACAUAUUAUUCUUCAUGGAUUCGUUGAGAAGCGUCGAAGUUAUUGACAGGCACGAUGGCGAGGCAUCAGACGCAGACUCCGAUUUGGAGGAGCUGGAGGGCGACAUCGCUAAGUUUGAUGAAUCUGUGCGGGAGUUUCUAGCCUCGCAGCGAGAUGAGACUGGCCAAUCCCGCGAAGCCCGCAGCGCUCCUCGUGGACGGGGAACGCGCGGACCUCGUAAAGCAGCCAAGCCUCGAGGUGAUAUCACGGCCCGCCUGUCCAAGGUGAACCAGGCCUUUCUUGGCGGGGAUUAUCCACUAGCUUUGGACCUGGUGUUCGAGGUUAUCAGGAUCAACGCCGAAACACAUCAAGCCUGGACGACCUUGUCUUCCAUCUUCCGAGAGCAGGGUGAUUUGAGUAAGGCGUUGUCCGCGAUGGUGUACGCUGCGCAUCUCCGCCCUAAAGAUGUCAGCGGGUGGCUUCAAUGUGCGUCUUUUGCCCUCGACACGAUGGAGAGCGAUGAGGCCGAAUACCUCCACACGGCCAGACUAUGUUAUUCAGCUGCCUUGCGGGCUGAUCACACCAAUCUCGAUGCCAGGCUCGGCAAGGCCAUGGUAUGCCACAAACAAGGCCACCUUUCUGCCGCAAUUGCCGAAUACAAGAUCGUUUUGAAGCAUCGGCCUUUUGACCUCGAAAUUGUUCGGAAACUAGCCGAGGCCUGUGUUGACAACAAGCAUGCCGAGGCAGCUGUCCCCGCCGCUGUUGCAGCCUAUGAGCGAUUCUUCGAGCACGAGAGAGUGAUCGUUGCCCGCGACUUGAACAACGCCCCGUGGCAUGAUGUCGGGAUCUACGUGGAACUCUUUGCCUCUACUGGCCGCUACCUAGAUGCUAUUGGACAGUUGAAGUCGCUGUCGCGCUGGUUCCUGGGGCGUGGGGCCGAGGGCUUCUGGGACAGCUGGCAAACAGACGACCGUGAGUGGGAUGGAGACGAUGAGAGGCGUGCAGUCGUUUCAGAGUUUGAGGUUGGGUCCUACGACUCUUGCCUUUACGGCCAAGGACUGCCACACGACUUACGAGCCCGACUAGCCAUUUACAGAUUUCGGGUCGGAGAUGACCUUGAGGCAAUGAGACACCUGUGGUGGUUUGACCCGUCAGCGGAACCCACAAGGGACUUCGCCGCUGAUUUCCCAUUUCUUGCAUUCGAUGUCGCAGAAGAGCUAGGUCAUCGUGGUCAAACUUCCUUAGCCAUCAAGUAUUACGAAAUUCUGCGGGAUCUCCCCGGAGAUGUGGAUGCUAUGGUGUUGUUGCAGUUGGGGCGAUGCCAUUUCGCCAACGGAGAACACGCGACCGCUGAAGAAUACUUUUUGGCGGCGAUUGACGCCGAUGAGGACAGUAUAGAUGCCCGCAUUGAGCUUGCCAAUAUGUACGAAAAGGCUCGGGAAGAGGAGGAGGCUCUGAUUCUAGCAGCUGAGGCGAUGGCUCUACGAGAGGCUCGCGAUCAGGAUCAUGAGCAGGGCCAAAAUUUGGGUGGUCAAUCCAUUCCCUACUCUUUUGCCCAAGCAGAGAACCGAGUUCCGCGCCGCAGAGGAAUUGGCACACGGGGCUCAGACCAACCUUCAGGCAAGAGAGUUCUCCUGCGGCGAUACAGACCAAAACGACUAGCAGGUCCAGAUAAACGUCGGCAAGACGAGCAGACCCGCGCUGUAAAGUUGUCUCAGCAGUACGAAAUUGUUCGGAAUCUUCGGCAACAGAUCAAGGCUGGUCGGAAUGAUCUCAUUUCCGAAUGGAUGGAAUCCUCGAAGGAGUUGGUUGAUGAUUUUCGAUCGUUGAAGAAGUUCUAUACGUGGGAGAAGUAUCUGAACUUUCUUGGGCCGAAGAGCUCGCUGGAAGAUCCUAAACCUCGUCACGCAAAGACCGAACUUUCGCAAAUGUAUGAGAGGCUAGCACGAACCAUCGCCCCCCCUACUGGGCCCGAUGGUCCAGAACCGGGGGCAUCCGAGCUGGAUAAUCACCAAGGAAUCUCGUUUGACAACUGGUUGGACUUGUUCCUAGAUUAUGCCAUCGGGUUGGCCACGACCCACCGCCGAGAUGAAGCGUAUCAAGUCUGUGAGGCAGCCAGGGACUCAACUGCGUUUCAGGCACCAGAACACGGCUUCAUCAUUCAUGUUGCCUGGACGGUAUGUGCCAUCUACAUGAAUGAUGAAGAGAAGUGUGUGGCUACCGCUCGACAAUUGAUGAGAGAUGGGGGAAUGUCGGAUUCGUACAGAAUGUUCGCUUUGCUUUCGAGUCUCUGCCAGUCUCCAGUCUCAUGGUACACGUCAGGUCCGGCCCAGAAGUACAUUCUUCGCCAGAUAAAGGCCAUGGAUGAUUCCCACGAAGCAAACAGAGCCAGUGGGGGAACGAGCGAGCCCAGUAGCACUUCAAGUGGACCGAC